AUGGGAUCACAAAGGAGGACGUGUCGUACUCAGCUGUGGCUGCUGGCCUUUCUGGCCUUUUCCUCUCUGACUGAUGGAUCUCAACUAGAGGUGAUGUCUGCCCCCAACCUGUUGCGAGUAGGAACACCAGAAAACAUCUUUGUGGAAAUUCAAGACUGCGUGCAUGAAGGAAACAUCAAUGUUGACAUCAGCGUGAUGAACCAUCCAACCAAAACCAAAAGGCUGGCAUCAGCAUCUGUGAGCCUUACUAAGGCAAAUGAUUUCCAGGGCUUUGGACAAAUUACGAUCCCGACUGGUGACUUCAGUAAGGAUCCCGACAUGAAGCAGUAUGUGUACCUGGAAGCUCAGUUCCCCAGCCGACUGCUGGAGAAGAUUGUCUUAGUCUCCUUCCAGUCCGGCUACAUCUUCAUCCAUACUGACACCACCAUCUACACCCCCAACAGCUACGUCCAUUACAGGGUGUUUGCAGUGACCCCUAGCAUGGAGCCUGUGGACAGAAGCACUGAAUCUGAUGCUUUAACUCAAAUUGGCAUCGAGUUUGAGAACCCAAGCGGCGUCAUUGUACAAAGUGAUCCUGUCUCUCUGAGAUCAGGGAUUCACCACGGACUUUACUAUCUUGGUGAUCGUGUCAGUCAUGGAGUGUGGAAGGUGCUGGUGAAGUUCCUCAGCAGCCCACAGCGCAGCUUCUCUGCAGAGUUCGAGGUCAAAGAAUACGUGCUGCCCAGUUUUGAGGUUAAACUGACGCCUCAGCGCCGCUUCUUCGACAUGGACAGCCAAGAGCUCUUCGUCAACAUCAAAGCUACAUAUCUGUCCGGGGAAGAGGUGGACGGGACGGCCUAUGUGCUAUUUGGGGUUUUGCAACAGGGCCAGAAAAAGAGCUUUCCAGGCUCUCUUCAGAGAGUGAUGAUUGCGGAAGGACAAGGAGAGGUCAGACUGAAGAGAGAGCACAUCACACAGACCUUCAGCAACAUCCUCGAGCUGGUGGGGAGUUCCAUAUAUGUAUCUGCCAGCGUGCUGACGGAGAGCGGUAGUGAGAUGGUGGAGGCAGAGCUGAGAGGUAUCCAGAUCGUCACAUCACCGUACACCAUCCACUUCAAGAAAACGGCCAAAUAUUUCAAACCAGCAAUGCCCUUUGAUGUUGCGGUUGAAGUUGUGAAUCCAGACGGCACUCCGGCACAAUUUGUUGAAGUGGUGGUUGCUCCGGGUGAGACACGGGGCUUCACCACAGACAAAGGCAUGGCAACGCUUAGCAUCAAUACAGCAACCAGUGAAGCACUGAUUGUUACAGCGAUUACCAACGAUCCUCAGAUUUCACGUGAAAAACAGGCAUCAGCCACAAUGGUAGCUCUCCCAUAUACCACGAAAAGCAACAACUACAUCCACAUAGGUGUGGAUAUGACUGAAGUAACAUUAGGGGAAAAUCUGAAAUUCAGCCUCCACCUCAACAGGCCGGUAACCGAACAACAUGACAUCACUUACCUGAUCCUGAGCAGAGGUCAGCUGGUGAAAUAUGGCCGAUACAAGGUAAAACAUCACGUUCUGAUUUUUCUGGUUCUGCCCAUUACCAAAGAAAUGCUGCCAUCGUUCCGCAUCGUAGCAUACUACCAUACAAAUUACUAUGAAGUGGUGGCAGACUCUGUUUGGGUGGAUGUCAAGGACUCCUGCAUGGGCUCGCUGAGGCUGGAAACAACAAGACCCGCUCCCUCGUAUGAGCCUCGCAGGAUGUUUGGCCUGAAGAUCACUGGAGAUCCAGAGGCCACAGUGGGACUGGUGGCAGUUGACAAAGGCGUGUAUGUCCUAAACAACAAGCACCGUCUCACCCAGAAAAAGGUGUGGGACAUUGUAGAGAAGUCCGACACAGGCUGCACACCAGGUGGAGGGAAGGACAGCAUGGGUGUGUUCUACGAUGCUGGGCUGUUGUUCGAGUCCACUGCUUUCGGGACUCCCUUCAGACAGGAUUUAAAGUGUGCAGCCCCCAGCAGGAGGAAACGAGGCAGUGCUCUAAUGGACUUCCACACCAGCUCGAGUGAGGAGGACCACAGUUACAUGGACAGCAAUGAAGUCGUUUCUCGCACCAGGUUCCCUGGCAGUUGGCUGUGGUCAGAAAUCAAACUGCCUGCUUGCCCUCGAAACACACCGAACUGUCAAGCCACAUCAUAUGUGAAAAAUGUUCCUUUGCAAGACUCAAUCACAACCCGGCAGUUCACUGGCAUCAGUCUGUCAAGAACUCACGGUAUCUGCGUGGCUGAUCCAUUAGAGGUCAUUAUCCGGAAGGAAUUCUACAUUGAUCUCAGGCUGCCGUACUCUGCUGUCCGUGGAGAGCAGCUCGAAAUUAAGGCUGUCCUACAUAACUACAGCCCAGAUUCCAUCACUGUGCGUGUGGAUCUGAUUGAGGAGGAGCAUAUGUGCAGUGCAGCUUUUAAGAUUGGGAGGUAUUGUCAGGAGGUAAGGGUUGCGCCCCAUACCACACGAUCUGUGCCCUUCAUCAUUAUUCCCAUGAAGGAAGGACUAGUCCGCACUGAGGUCAAGGCAGCCGUUAAAGACUCAUCACUCAGUGACGGAAUCGUGAAGAUGCUGCGGGUGGUGCCUGAAGGUGUACUAACAAAAUCCAUUAAGACUAUAACACUAGACCCGAAGAACAAAGGUGUCGAUGGCAAACAACAGGUAACUAUCAGCAGUGAAAUUCCUCUCAAAGAUUUGGUUCCAAACACACCUACGAGCAUGCAAAUCUCUGUGACAGGAAAAGAGCAGAGAAGUACACUAGUGGCAAACGUCAUUAGUGGGAACUCUAUGGGUUCUCUGAUCCGACAGCCCGUAGGCUCUGGGGAGCAGAACAUGAUCCACAUGACACUGCCUGUCAUUGCAACUGUAUAUUUGGACAUAACCAACCAGUGGGAAACUGUGGGCUUACAUAAGCGUAACGAAGCUCUCCAACACAUCAAAACCGGCUAUCAGAAAGAGCUUACCUUCCGUAAAAGGGAUGGGUCUUUUUCUGCUUGGACCAGUUCCAAAAGUAGCACCUGGCUGACAGCUUAUGUUGUCAAGGUGUUCGCCAUGGCCAACUAUCUGGUGGCAGUGCCAAACAACGUCAUCUGUGACGCUGUCAAUUUUCUGAUUCUCUACGCACAGCAGCCUGACGGCCUGUUUAGAGAGCUUGGAAAGGUGGUCCACGGAGAGAUGAUCGGUGACGUGCGAGGCGCAGAUUCAGAUGCCUCCAUGACGGCCUUCUGCCUCAUUGCUAUGCAAGAGUCACGCACAUCAUGUGCUGCCACCGUUAAUAGUCUUCCAGGCAGUAUAGACAAAGCAGUGGCCUACCUGGAGAGGCGUCUGCCCGCCCUCACCAACCCAUACGCUGUUGCAAUGACAUCAUACGCCCUGGCCAAUGAAAACAAACUCAACCGGGCGAUCCUCCUCAGUUUCUCCACAGCGUUGUCCCACUGGCCAGUACCUAAGGGAAAUGUUUACACACUGGAGGCCACAGCUUACGCUCUUCUUGCUCUUGUCAAGGCUGAGGCUUUUGAAGAUGCAACACCUGUUGUCAGGUGGUUCAGUCAACAGCAGAGGGUGGGAGGAGGCUAUGGAUCCACUCAGGCUACCAUAAUGGUGUACCAGGCUGUAGCUGAGUACUGGGCCAGUGCUAAAGAACCAGAGUAUGAUCUGAACGUGGACAUAAUGUUGCCAGGCAGGUCAAAGCCUGACAAGUACAACUUCAACAGGAACAACUACUACGCCACAAGAACAUCUAAAAUCUCUACUAUAAACGCGGAUGUAAAUGUGACUGCCACAGGAAGCGGAGAAGCAACAGUGACACUGGAGUCGCUGUAUUACGCUCUGCCUAAAGAAAAGGAAAGCGACUGUCCGAAGUUUAACUUGUCAGUGCAGCUCCUGCCAGAGAAACUGGAUUGGGAUGAGCAUGUAUACAAGCUGAAAAUAGAGGUCCUGUUUAAGGACGUAGACCGCGAUGCAACCAUGUCAGUCUUGGAAAUUGCCUUGUUAACUGGCUUCACUGCUAACACACGUGACCUGGACUUACUGUCCAGAAGACGGGGCCAUACUAUUGCAAGAUAUGAAAUGGACACAUUCCUGACCGAAAGAGGCUCACUCAUCAUUUACCUGGACAAGGUUUCUCACGUCCGACCAGAGGAGAUCACUUUUAGGAUCCGCCAAGUGCUGAGAGUGGCCGUCUUACAACCAGCUGCUGUGUCUGUCUAUGAAUACAAUGAACAGACAAAGUGUGUGAGGUUCUACCACCCAGAGAUGAGACAUGCACGGCUACCGAGACUCUGUGUGAAUGAUGAAUGCACAUGUGCUGACGCGAUGUGUGCUAUGCAGAGAAAGGACCGCAUUUUCAAUAACGAGCGCACUGCUAAAGCUGCUCAAGUCACACCGACCAGUCGAACAGAUUUUGUGUACAAAGUCAGACUGGAAAAAUUUACAGGCAGCUUGUCCACUGACGUUUACACAGCGCGGAUAGUGGAAGUCCUUAAAGGAGGAAGUUAUGAUAUGGGUCUUCUGGGAAAGCUGUGCACGUUCGUCAGUUAUCCGCAUUGCCGAGGAGCUUUAGCUCUGAGAAUAGGUAAAACUUACCUUAUUAUGGGUGCAUCAAAAGAUAUUACCAGAGAUCAACAGAGACAAUCGUAUCAGUAUGUACUUGGUGAGAACACCUGGAUUGAGUACUGGCCCACGGCAGCUGAGUGUCAGACUGAGCGACACAGACGUACCUGUUUGGGCAUGAAGGAGCUGGUCAGGCACACACUCUUCGAAUGCAGAAGGAUGUGCUUGACUCAGCUCUGGCUGUUGGCCUCACUGGUCUUUUCUCCUCUGAUUUCUCUGGCUGAUGCAUCCCCAUUGAAGGUGCUGUCUGCCCCCAACGUGUUGCGGGUAGAAACACCAGAAAACAUCUUUGUGGAGUGUCAAGACUGCACCGAUGACAACAACAUCCAGGUUGAAAUCAGCGUAAUGUCCUAUCCAACCAAAUCCAAGCGGCUGGCAUCCACAUCUGUGACCCUCACCAGUGCAGAAAGAUUCCAGACCUUUGGGCAAAUUAAGAUCCCUGCCGGUGACUUCAGUCAGGAUCCCAGCACGAACCAGUAUGUGUACCUGAAAGCUCAGUUCCCUGAUGCAGAACUGGAGAAACUUGUCUUAGUGUCCUUCCAGUCCGGGUACAUCUACAUCCAGACCGACAAGACCCUCUACACCCCCAACAGCAAAGUUCACUACAGGAUGUUCGCAGUGACGCCCCGCAUGGAGCCUGUGGAGAGAGAUAAUGAAACUCUAACUGACGCUUCUAUCGCCAUUGAGAUUGUGACCCCUGAAGGUAUCAUUUUACCACUUGAUCCAGUCUCUCUGAAUUCAGGGAUGCACUCCGGAGAUUACAGACUUGCUGAAGUUGUCAGUUUCGGACUGUGGAAGGUGGUGGCGAGGUUCCACAGCAAACCACAGCUGAGCUACUCUGCAGAGUUCGAGGUCAAAGAAUACGUGCUGCCCAGUUUUGAGGUUAAACUGACGCCUGCGAGCCCCUUCUUCUAUGUGGACGGUCAAGAGCUCAUCGUCAACAUCAAAGCUACGUUUCUGUUCGGGGAAGAGGUGGAUGGGACAGCCUACGGAGUAUUUGGUGUGAAGCAUGAGGGUCAAAAAAAGAGCCUUCCCAGUUCUCUUCAGAGAGUGCAGAUCACGAGCGGUAAUGGAGCGGUAAUACUGAAGAGAGAGCACAUUGUGCAGACCUUUCAAAACAUCCUCGACCUGGUGGGGAGCUCCAUAUUUGUAGCUGUCGGUGUGCUGACGGAGAGCGGUAGUGAGAUGGUGGAGGCAGAGUUGAGAGGGAUCAUGAUUGUCACCUCACCGUACACCAUCCACUUCAAGAGAACAUCCAAAUAUUUCAAGCCAGGAAUGUCCUUUGAUGUUGCGGUUGAAGUGCUGAAUCCUGAUAGCACUCCGGCUCAAGGUGUCGCAGUGGUGGUGAAUCCAGGUGAGGUGCGGGGCCUCACUUCAGCCAAUGGCAUAGCAAGGCUUUCUAUCAACACAGAGGAAAAUCCUCAACCACUGACAGUCACAGCAAAGACCAAUCUUCCCCGUAUUUCAGCUGAGAGGCAAGCAUCAGCCAACAUGACAGCUCUCCCAUAUACAACAAGCAGCAACAGUUACAUCCACAUAGGUGUGGAUACAGCUGAGGCCACAUUAGGUGAAAACCUGAAAAUCAGCCUCAACCUCCACAGAGCGGAAAGCACACAAAAGGACAUCACGUACCUGAUCCUGAGCAGAGGUCAGCUGGUGAAAUAUGGCCGUUACACGACAAAAGGCCAAGUACUGAUUUCCAUGAUAGUCACCAUUACCAGAAACAUGGUGCCAUCGUUCCGCAUCAUAGCCUACUACCAUGCAAAUGCCAAUGAAGUGGUGGCAGACUCCGUUUGGGUGGAUGUCAAGGACUCCUGCAUGGGCUCGUUGAAGCUGGAAUCAGCAGCACCUGCUUCAUCUUAUGAGCCUCGCAAGAUGUUUCGUCUGAGGGUCACUGGAGAUCCAGGGGCCGCGGUGGGACUGGUGGCCGUUGACAAAGGCGUCUUCCUCCUAAACAACAAGCACCGCCUCAACCAGAAAAAGGUGUGGGAUAUGGUGGAGACGUAUGACACAGGCUGCACAGCAGGUGGAGGGAAAAACAGUAUGGGUGUGUUCUACGAUGCUGGGCUGCUGUUUGAGUCCAACACGGCAUCUGGGACUCCCUACAGACAAGAAUUGAAAUGUUCGGCCCCCAGCAGGAGAAAACGAGCCAUUUCUGGGAUGGAUGCCACAACCAGCUUAGCGAGUCAGUAUGAAGACCAACUGCAACGUGACUGUUGUUUGGAUGGCAUAAGGGACAUCCCUGUGUCAUACAGCUGCGAGAGGCGCAGUGAGUACAUCGUGGAUGGCACAGCCUGUGUCGAAGCCUUCCUGCACUGCUGCAAGGAGAUGGAACGCCAGCGAGCUGACAGGAAGAAGGAUAGUCUCCAAUUAGCUCGCAGUGAGGAGGACGACAGUUACAUGGACACCAAUGAAAUUGUUUCUCGCACCAAGUUCCCUGAAAGCUGGCUGUGGUCAGAUAUCAAACUUCCUCCUUGCCCUCAGGAAAAACCAAACUGUGACUCCACAUCAGUGCAGAGAGACAUUCCUUUGCAAGAUUCAAUCACAACCUGGCAGUUCACUGGCAUUAGUCUGUCAAAAACUCACGGUAUCUGUGUGGCCGAACCAUUAGAGGUGAUUGUCCGGAAGGACUUCUUCAUUGAUCUCAGGCUGCCGUACUCCGCUGUCCGUGGGGAGCAGAUUGAAGUUAAAGCAGUCCUCUACAACUACAGCCCUGAUGCUGCCACUGUGCUUGUGGAUCUGAUUGAGGAGGCACACGUGUGCAGUGCAGCUUCUAAGCGUGGGAAAUAUCGGCAGCAGGUUAAAGUUGGGCGCCAAACAGCGCGAUCUGUACCCUUUGUCGUUAUUCCCACAAGGGAAGGACUAUACCGCAUUGAGGUCAAGGCAGCUGUUAAAGACUCGUCGCUCAAUGAUGGGAUCAUGAAGAUGCUGCGGGUGGUGCCUGAAGGUGUACUGAUGAAAAUUCCUCAGACUGUAAGACUUGACCCAGCGAAAACAGGUGUAGAUGGUAAACAAGUAGAAAUGAUCAGCAGUGGAAUUGCUCCGAAAGAUUUUGCUCCAAACACACCUACUGCCACACAGAUCUCUGUGACAGGAAGAGAGCAAGUAAACAAGCUGACGAAUGAAAUUAAUGGGGAAUCAAUGGGCAGUCUGAUCUACCAGCCCUCAGGCUGUGGAGAGGAGAACAUGAUCCACAUGACCCUGCCUGUCACCGCUACCACCUAUUUGGACAAAACCAACCAGUGGAAACCUGUGAACAUCGACGGACGUAAAGAAGCCCUCCAACACAUCAAGACCGGUUACCAGAAUGAGCUUGCCUACCGUAAACAUGAUGGAUCUUUUGCUGUGCAUCGUGACCAACAAAGUAGCACCUGGCUGACAGCUUAUGUUGUCAAGGUGUUCGCCAUGGCCAACAAUCUGGUGGCAGUGCCAAACAGCGCCAUCUGUGACGCUGUCAAGUUUCUUAUUCUCAGAGCGCAACAACCUGACGGCAUGUUUAGAGAAGUCGGAAGGGUGGUCCACAGAGAGAUGAUCGGUGACGUGCAAGGCACAGAUUCAGAUGCCUCCAUGACGGCCUUCUGCCUAAUUGCUAUGCAGGAGUCACGCACAUUAUGUGCUGCCUCUGUUAAGAGUCUUCCAGACAGUACAAACAAAGCCGUGGCCUACCUGCAGAAGCGUCUGCCCAGCCUCACCAACCCAUAUGCUGUUGCCAUGACAUCAUACGCCCUGGCCAAUGAAAACAAACUAAACCGAGAAUUCCUCUUCAAGUUUGCUUCCCCAGAUUUGUCCCACUGGCAGGCACCUAUGGGACGUGUUUACACACUCGAGGCCACAGCUUAUGCUCUUCUGGCUCUGGUGAAGGUCACGGCCUUUGAUGAAGCCAGACCUAUUGUCAGAUGGUUCAACCAACAGCGGAGAGAGAGAGCAGGCUAUGGGUCAACUCAGGCUACCAUAAUGGUGUACCAGGCUGUGGCUGAGUACUGGGCCAGUCCUAAAGAACCAGACUAUGAUCUGAACGUGGACAUCUUGUUGCCAGGCAGGUCAAAGCCUGAGAAGUACAACUUCAACAACGAAAACCACUUUACCACGAGAACGUCUAAAAUCAAAAAUAUAAACCACAAUGUGAAAGUGACUGCGACGGGCAGAGGAGAAGCAACAGUGACAAUGGUGUCGCUGUAUUACGCUCUGCCUAAAGAAAGGGAAAGCGACUGUCAGAAGUUUAAUUUGUCAGUGCAGCUCCUCCCAGAGAAACUGGAUGAGAAUGAGAAGAUAUACAAGAUGAGAAUAGAGGUUUUGUUUAAGGACAGGGAGCGCGAUGCAGCCAUGUCAGUGUUGGAUAUCGGCAUGUUAACUGGUUUCACUGUUGACACAAAUGACCUGAGCUUACUGUCCAAAGGACGUGCCCGCACUAUUUCAAAAUAUAACAUAAACAGUGCUGAGUCAGAAAGAGGUUCCCUCAUCAUCUACCUGGAUAAGGUUUCUCACACGCGACCAGAAGAGAUCAUGUUCAGGAUCCAUCAGAAGCUGAAAGUGGGCAUCUUACAACCAGCUGCUGUGUCUGUCUAUGAACACGGCCACCAUCAAGACAAAACACGCUGUAUGAAGUUCUACCACCCAGAGAGAAGAGCUGGACAGCUGCUGCGGCUCUGCAGAAACAAUGAAUGCACAUGUGCUGAAGAGAACUGCAGUAUGCAGAAGAAGGGCAACGUCAGCAAUGACGAGCGCACAGCUAAGGCCUGCGAGACUCUAGUCACCAGCAAAAUAGAUUAUGUGUACAAAGUGAGACUGCAAGAGUUUACUGAUGGCUUGUCCACUGACAUUUACACAGUGCGGGUCCUGGAAGUCAUCAAAGAAGGAAAUAAUGAUGUGGGUCCUCAAGGAAAACUGCGCACAUUCCUCAGUUACCGGCACUGCAGAGCAGCUUUAGAUCUGAGAACCAGCAAAACCUACCUUAUCAUGGGUGCAUCCAAAGAUAUUUACAGAGAUCAACAGAGUCAAUCGUAUCAGUAUAUACUCGCUGAGAGAACCUGGAUCGAGUACUGGCCCACAGAAGCUGAGUGCAAAAUUGAGAAAUACAACGCUACCUGUGUGGGCAUGGAGACGAUGGUCCGGCAGUACAGACUCUUUGGAUGUCAGCAAUAG